CGUCAGCCCUCAUCAUGCCUUGGCCGUUUUCCGAGUCCAUCAAGAAGAGGGCCUGUCGGUACCUCCUGCAGAGGUACCUGGGCCACUUCCUGCAGGAGAAGCUGAGCCUGGAGCAGCUCAGCCUGGACCUGUACCAGGGCACCGGGUCCCUCGCCCAAGUCCCCUUGGACAAAUGGUGUCUCAAUGAGAUCCUGGAGUCAGCAGAUGCGCCUUUAGAAGUCACUGAAGGAUUCAUACAGUCAAUUUCUCUAUCAGUUCCGUGGGGCUCCUUGCUGCAGGAGAAUUGUGCACUGGAAGUGAAAGGGCUAGAAAUGGUCUUCCGGCCUAGACCCCGCCUAGCAACUGGUUCUGAGCCUAUGUAUUGGUCAAGUUUCAUGACCAGCAGUAUGCAAUUGGCAAAAGAAUGUCUUAGCCAGAAAUUAACAGAUGAACAAGGAGAAGCAUCGCAGCCUUUUGAAGGACUUGAAAAGUUUGCUGAAACCAUUGAAACAGUACUAAGAAGAGUGAAAGUCACCUUUAUAGACACUGUCUUGAGAAUUGAACAUGUGCCAGAAAAUUCCAAAACUGGAACUGCACUUGAAAUUCGAAUAGAAAGAACUGUCUACUGUGAUGAAGCUGCUGAUGAGGCCUCAGGAAUUAAUGUGCAUCAGCCCACAGCCUUUGCUCACAAGUUACUCCAGCUCUCCGGAGUGUCUCUCUUCUGGGAGGAGUUUUCUGCGUCAGCAAAAUCUUCCCCAGUGUGUUCAACUGCACCAGCGGAAACUGAGCCAAAGCUGUCACCUAGCUGGAAUCCCAAAAUUGUAUAUGAGCCGCACCCACAAUUAACUAGAAGUUUACCAGAGGUAGCGCCCUCUGACCCAGUGCAGAUUGGAGGGCUCAUUGGUAGACUGGAGUUGAGUCUCACGCUGAAACAGAAUGAAGUGCUUCCUGGAGCUAAGUUGGAUAUUGAUGGACAGAUAGAGUCUAUUCAUCUCUUCCUGUCACCAAGGCAGGUGCACUUGCUCUUGGAUAUGUUAGCAGCUAUUGCUGGACCAGAAAAUUCUAGCAAAAUAGGGUUAGCUAAUAAAGAUAGAAAAAACCGACCCAUGCAGCAAGAAGAAGAAUAUCGAAUUCAGAUGGAAUUAAACCGGUAUUAUUUGAGAAAAGAUUCCCUCUCAGCAGGAGUAUCUUCAGAGCAAAGCUUUUAUGAGACAGAAUCUGCUCGUACACCUUCUAGCCGUGAAGAAGAAGUUUUCUUCUCCAUGGCCGAUAUGGACAUGUCCCAUAGUCUCUCUUCUCUUCCACCACUGGGAGACCCUCCAAAUAUGGACCUUGAGUUAUCAUUAACUAGUACAUACACAAAUACUCCAGCAGGAUCUCCAUUAAGUGCUACUGUGCUUCAGCCAACAUGGGGAGAUUUCCUUGAACCUCAUAAAGAACAGCCAGUGAGAGGGUCCGCAUUGCCGUCUGACCGAGUUCACCCGCCAAGUUUACAGAAGACUUCUCUUCCAUCUAGAUCUGUUUCAGUGGAUGAAUCCAGGCCUGAACUUAUUUUCAGACUAGCUGUGGGAACAUUUUCCAUUUCCGUGCUUCACAUUGAUCCUUUAUCACCACCUGAAACGUCAUUGAACCUUAAUCCACUGACACCUUUGGCAAUAGCUUUCUUUACCUGUAUAGAAAAGAUUGACCCAGCAAGAUUUUCAACAGAUGAUUUUAAGUCUUUUCGAACAGUAUUUGCAGAAGCUUGCAAACACGAUCACCUUAGAUUUAUAGGAACUGGCAUGAAAGUGUCCUAUGAACAAAGACAGAGACCAACUUCCCGAUAUUUUAGUACUGAUAUGUCCCUUGGGCAAAUGGAACUCUUGGAGUGCCUGUUUCCAACUGAUUCUCAUUCUGUUCCUCCUCACUACACAGAGCUUUUAAUGUUCCAUUCCAAAGAACGAGCGGAUUCCCAUCCCCCUGUGUGCCUUCAGCUUCAUUAUAAGCAUUCUGAGAAUAAAGGACCCCAGGGUAAUCAAGCAAGACUAAGUUCUGUACCUCAGAAGGCAGAAUUACAGAUUAAGUUAAAUCCUGUGUUUUGUGAGCUGGAUAUCAGUAUUGUGGACAGGUUAAAUUCCUUGCUCCAACCACAGAAGCUUACCACAGUAGAGAUGAUGGCUUCACACAUGUACACUUCAUACAAUAAACAUAUUAGUCUCCACAAGGCUUUUACUGAAGUAUUUCUGGAUGAUUCACAUAAUCCUGCAAAUUGUCGGAUAUCAGUACAAGUUGCCACACCAGCGUUCAACCUUUCUGUUCGCUUCCCAAUACCUGAUCUUCGGUCAGAUCAAGAAAGAGGACCGUGGUUUAAGAAGUCACUUCAGAAGGAGAUCCUUCAUUUAGCAUUCACAGAUCUAGAAUUUAAGACUGAAUUUAUAGGAGGAUCAACCCCGGAACAAAUUAAAUUGGAACUUACCUUUAGAGAACUAGUGGGGUCAUUCCAGGAAGAUAAAGGAGAACCGUCUGUUAAGUUUUUCCAUGUGUCUAGUGGAGUAGAUGGAGAUACAGCAUCUUCAGAUGAUUUUGACUGGCCACGAAUUGUACUGAAAUUAAACCCGCCAGCUGUGCAUUCCAUUUUGGAGAGAAUAGCAGCUGAGGAAGAGGAGAGUGACGGCCGCUAUCAGGAGGAGGAGGAGGAGGGAGGUGCUCAUUCCCUGAAGGAUGUUUGUGAUCUGCGAAGACCAGCCCCAUCUCCCUUCUCGUCGCGGAGAGUCAUGUUUGAAAAUGAGCAGAUGGUGAUGCCAGGAGACCCUGUGGAAAUGACAGAGUUUCAGGAUAAAGCAAUCAGCAAUUCUCACUACGUGCUGGAACUUACAUUACCCAACGUUCAUAUAACACUACCUAAUAAACGCUUUUAUGAGAAGCUUUAUAAUAGGAUCUUUAAUGACUUGCUGCUCUGGGAACCAACAGCUCCUUCACCAGUGGAGACAUUUGAAAAUAUUUCCUAUGGUAUUGGUCUUUCUGUAGCCAGUCAGCUGAUUAAUACCUUCAACAAAGAUAGUUUUAGUCCAUUUAAAUCCACAGUGCACUACGAUGAGGAGAGUGGAUCUGAGGAGGAGACGCUGCAGUAUUUUUCUACUGUCGAUCCCAACUAUCGUUCUCGUAGGAAAAAAAAGCUAGAUUCUCAGAACAAGAACUCACAGAGUUUUCUCUCAGUGCUUCUGAGUAUUAACCAUGGACUAAUGGCAGUGUUUACAGAUGUUAGGCAAGAUAAUGGAGAGCUGUUGGAGAAUAAGCAUGGCGAGUUCUGGUUAGAGUUCAACAGUGGUUCGUUGUUCUGUGUGACCAAGUAUGAGGGCUGUGAUGACAAGCACUACAUCUGCCUUCAUUCCAGCAGUCUUAGUCUCUAUCACAAAGGUGUGGUAGAUGGAGUGAUUCUCCCUACAGAAACACGACUGCCCAGUUCAACCCGCCCACACUGGUUGGAACCUACUAUUUAUUCCUCUGAGGAAGAUGGCCUCAGUAGAACUUCUACAGAUGGCGUUGCAGGAGACACUUUGAAUAUGCUUUCUGUUGCAGUUAAAAUACUAUCUGAUAAGUCAGAGUCCAAUACAAAGGAAUUUCUCAUUGCUGUGGGGCUGAAAGGAGCCACACUGCAGCACAGGAUGCUUCCUUCCGGGCUCAGCUGGCAUGAGCAGAUUUUAUACUUCUUGAACAUUGCUGAUGAACCUGUUCUGGGAUAUAAUCCUCCAACUUCGUUUACAACUUUCCAUGUGCAUCUCUGGGGCUGUGCCCUUGAUUAUAGACCUCUUCACUUGCCGAUCCGAUCUCUUCUCACUGUGGAAACCUUCAGUGUUUCGAGUAGUGUUGCCUUGGACAAAUCCUCGUCUACUCUCAGAAUAAUCUUGGAUGAAGCUGCUUUGCAUUUGUCUGACAAGUGUAAUACUGUUACUAUAAAUCUGAAUAGAGAUUAUGUUCGUGUGAUGGAUAUGGGGCUUUUGGAAUUAACCAUAACUGCAGUGAAAUCUGAUUCCGAUGGAGAACAAACUGAGCCACGCUUUGAGCUACACUGUUCCAGUGACAUUGUGCAUAUCAGAACGUGCUCGGACUCUUGUGCUGCACUCAUGAAUCUCAUUCAGUACAUUGCAAGCUACGGGGACUUACAUGUGGCCAACAAGGUGGAGAUGAAGCCUGGAGCCCCUCAGAGAAAGAUGAAGGUAGAUUCCAGUGGCCGCUCUUCCUCACGAGGUCCAGUACUUCCUGAAGCAGACCAGCAGAUGUUACGCGAUUUGAUGAGUGAUGCCAUGGAGGAGGUUGACCUGCAGCAGGCCGCCGCGUCUGCACAAGCCCAGGCGAACGGUGUUUUGGAUGAAAAAUCUCAAACUCAGGAGCCAUGUUGUUCAGACCUCUUCCUGUUUCCAGAUGAGAGUGGGAACGUGUCGCAGGAGCCUGGCCCCCCUUACACCUCCUUCACACACCACUCGGUUAGUGAUGCCAUGGCACGUGUGCCCACGGAGAAUGACGACUUUUGCAUCAUUUUUGCACCAAGAGCAAACGUUCAGGAGAAGGAGGAAGAGCCAGUUGUAAAAGUGAUGGUCGAUGAUGCAAUUGUAAUAAGAGAGAAUUACUUUAGUCAGCCCGCUAAGAAGACGGACACGAGCAAAGCCCCAUUGCACUUUCCCAUCCCUAUCGUCCGCUAUGUUGUUAAAGAAGUCUCUCUUGUUUGGCAUCUUUAUGGAGGAAAGGAUUUUGGAACGGUCCCUCCUACUUCUCCAGCUAAAAGUUACAUCAGUCCCCACAGUUCACCUUCUCACACUCCCACAAGGCAUGGACGUAACAUGGUAUGUGGGGGAAAAGGAAGAAACCAUGACUUUUUAAUGGAAAUACAGUUAAGCAAGGUGAAAUUUCAGCAUGAGGUCUACCCGCCUUGCAAGCCAGAGUGUGACUCUGGCCUCUUAGAGCACCCAGUCUCCCGGCAGGUGUUCAUCGUGCAGGAUCUUGAAAUUCGAGACCGUCUGGCAACAUCACAAAUGAAUAAGUUUUUGUACCUGUAUUGCAGUAAAGAAAUGCCUCGAAAAGCUCAUUCCAACAUGUUGACGGUGAAAGCACUGCACGUGCGCCCAGAGUCCGGCCGGUCGCCGCAGGAGUGCUGCUUGCGAGUGUCUCUGAUGCCCCUUCGCCUCAAUAUUGACCAGGAUGCCUUGUUCUUCCUGAAGGAUUUCUUCACAAGUCUUUCUACAGAAGUAGAGCUUCUAAUGGCUCCAGAUCCAGAAGUUAAAAAGUCUCCUGGAGCUGAUGUCACCUGCAGUUUGCCAAGGCACUUAAGCACCUCCAAGGAGCCGAAUCUAGUUCUUUCUUUCCCUGGGCCAAAGCAACCUUCCCAAGAUGAUGGUGCCAACUCAGUGGGAGUGGUUAAUGGGGAGGAAGAGAAGGACUUCUCAGCUGAAGAGGCAUCAUUUAGUGAUCAGCCCGUGUUUUUUAGAGAAUUUAGAUUCACAUCAGAAGUUCCUAUUCGACUUGAUUAUCAUGGCAAACACGUAUCAAUGGAUCAGGGUACCCUGGCCGGAAUUCUGAUUGGUCUGGCCCAGUUAAACUGCUCAGAGCUGAAGCUGAAGAGGCUUUUCUACCGGCAUGGCUUGCUAGGUGUUGACAAAUUGUUUUCGUAUGCAAUCACCGAAUGGCUUACUGACAUUAAGAAGAACCAGCUACCAGGAAUCCUGGGAGGUGUUGGGCCUAUGCAUUCACUAGUACAAUUAGUGCAAGGCCUAAAGGACUUGGUCUGGUUGCCGAUAGAGCAGUACCGGAAGGACGGCCGCAUCGUCAGAGGCUUCCAGAGAGGGGCUGCGUCCUUCGGCACCUCAACAGCGAUGGCUGCGCUAGAGCUCACAAACAGGAUGGUUCAGACCAUACAGGCUGCAGCAGAGACCGCUUAUGACAUGGUGUCUCCAGGGACCCUUUCUAUUGAGCCCAAGAAGAUCAAAAGGUUCCCUCAUCACCGCUUAGCGCACCAGCCCGUGGACCUGCGGGAGGGCGUGGCGAAGGCCUACAGUGUUGUCAAGGAGGGACUCACGGACACGGCUCAGACGAUUUACGAAACCGCAGCUCGAGAACACGAGAGCAGAGGGGUCACUGGUGCCGUGGGCGAGGUCCUGCGCCAGAUUCCUCCUGCGGUGGUGAAACCUCUGAUUGUUGCCACAGAAGCGACAUCAAAUGUAUUAGGCGGCAUGAGAAACCAAAUUAGACCUGAUGUUCGGCAAGACGAGUCACAGAAAUGGCGCCACGGGGAAGACUGAUGCUUCAGAUGCGAUUGUUUAUGGAGAUAGUGAGGGUGGAAAUAAGGAGCACAGUGUCCCACUGGCAGCUUUAGAGGGUCCUCAUUUACUGUGAUUGUGCUCAUCUCAGGAACAAAAGCAUUUCUUAGUUAAAUAAUUUAAUAUCAAAGCAACAUGCAACCAAAAACUUGUGACAUUUAGGGCUGGUUUGGUACUUGCCUAGAGAAAUGUUUGGUGGCUAGUGUCAAAAGACCGGAAGCGUUUGCUGCCCAGUGAGUAGAAUGCUUGCUCUUCCUGAAGUGGCUGUGGUUUUCCUUGCUACGGGUGAGAGAUCAUUGGCAGCCUCCUGUUACACAGUCCAGAGUGCUCAGAAGCAUUUGUGCACUUUGAAAGCACUAUUUAUAUUGCCCUGAGGAGUUGAUUUUCUCAAGGUUUAAAGAGAAUCACAGCUUCGAAACUCUCAUUGAGAAUGAGAGACAGAAGCUACAGGGAAAGCAAAACAAAUAGGAUUUUAAUAUAAAUAUCACAGAGGAAUAAAUGACCUGGUCUGUUGGAUUUAGUGUCCAUGCGCUUAAAACAUUAUUUCCAUCCCCUCAGAAGGUCUUUCUGGGGGCGUUUGAGAACGUGCGUGUCGCAGACAUGUCUGUCGUGUUGCACUUUAUCGUGUGUGUGUGUGUGUGUGUGUGUAGAUUAAUACAAGUCAUGUGAUCUGUUCGUUAUGUAAUUUACAGAUUUUCAUAAAAUAUAAAGAGGAGUAAGACCAUGUUUUUGGCAAAGGAAGCAAACUCAGAUGGAGUCGCUUCCAUUUAUUUCGAGUGUGAAUGAAAACGUGCACUCUCUGAUGAACUGGGGCCCGCGUGAUUGUUCGUGUGCGUGCACUCUCUGAUGAACUGGGGCCCGCGUGAUUGUUCGUGUGCGUGCACUCUCUGAUGAACUGGGGCCCGCGUGAUUGUUCGUGUGCGUGCACUCUGAUGAACUGGGGCCCGCGUGAUUGUUCGUGUGCGUGCACUCUCUGAUGAACUGCGGCCCGCGUGAUUGUUCGUGUGUGUGCACUCUCUGAUGAACUGGGGCCCGCGUGAUUGUUCGUGUGCGUGCACUCUCUGAUGAACUGCGGCCCGCGUGAUUGUUCGUGUGCGUGCACUCUCUGAUGAACUGGGGCCCGCGUGAUUGUUCGUGUGUGUGCACUCUCUGAUGAACUGGGGCCCGCGUGAUUGUUCGUGUGCUCACUUUCCAGCAGAUACAGUGCAAGCUUGUUAGGAAUGUGUGGAAAGGGAGAUUGGAAAUGAUUUUUACUUUUCUGAAAUUAACCAAAAAUCCUCCAAACAUGCCCUAGUCAGCUAUUUCGAAGUACCAUUUUUACUUGGUUAACAAUGUACAUUUUGAUAACCUGUCAGGAAUGAAUAAAGUAUUUUUAUUUAAAUUUAAAAUUGUUUUAUGCUUCCAUGAACAUUCUGCUUUUCUCAGAGCAUAUUCUUAGAUGCAGCACUUGGCUCCAUCCCAAGACACUUGGGAAUACUUCCUCAAAACUGAUUUUGGUUAAACCCAGUAAAUCAUUACCUAGGAGUGAGAGGAAAAUUGUUCGCAAGGACUCACUUUUUGACUUUAGGUGGAUCUAGUAGAAAGAAAGUGUAGGGCUUCGUGUUUAAACUGUUUAAAGUUGCAUGAUGUGCAUUCUCAUUUUCUGACGCAGGGAGAAGGCCGCCAUCCAUGUGAAUUUGGAUUUCAGAACCACAUUUCAGGUUGGGGUUUGGAAAAUGUUGAAUCGAUCCCAUUCUCUAGAUUUUCUGAACAAGAAAGCAAUGUAAACCCAAUAUCUGGACAUUGAAAAUUUAUGAAAAUUGUGUUAAACAGCAUUUAAUUUUUAUUUCCUUUUCACUGCUAAAAAAAAACCUUAAAAGGGCUCUGCUCACAGAACCAUCAUUUACUUUGUCCCAGUUAAAUGGAGUCGUGUAGAAUGUGCUCCUGAGUGAACAGUAGCCAUACCUGUGUGUCCUGGAGGAGGCUCAGCCUGCUUCUGGGGCACGUUUUGACCGCCCUGCUCGCUGACUUCCAUGUCUCCUGAAAACAAUAUACCAUGUCUGUCAUUUGUGGUGAUAAACCAAACUGCAAAGCCCUUGACCAAACUUAAAAAUAUAAAAUCUCAUUAAUUUUAACAUACAUCUUCCAUAGUUACCCUAUUUAAGUUUAGUUAGAUACGGUCUAGGGAGAAAGACUCCUCCUCCUCUUUGUACUCUUGAGUUGUAGAUAGACCAUCUUUUGACAAAUUUGGUUUAUAAGUCCUGUUGUAGCGUUUAUCUUCAUAAUGUCAUCUCUGUGCUUCUUACUCUGUCCUCUACUCCUGCACCUGCUAGCCACAGAAUCUGGGUUUGGGACCCAGAAACCUGCCUCAGAAAAGUCCAGGGUCAAGGCUCUGUUCAUGGCCCAUUUAACCAAGGUACUCUUUAUUUGAGAUGUUUAGGUAGACUGUUAGAAAGCUUCUGCAUUAUUAAGUAUCCUUAAUUUUUUCUUUCUUACAAAUACCUUUUCCAGCCUUUAGGUCACAGUGACACAGUAAGAAAGAGGAGCACUGGGCAGGACCCUUUAGGUAGCCAAGUCUGCCCUCACUGGGCAGGUGACAUGGUCAAGGCAUUGGAUUUCUCUAAGCCUCAGCGUCUGUAACCCAAGGGGUUUUAUAUGACAAAGUACAACAGAUUUUUGGAUGAUCAGGCCGUGUAUGUGUGUGUGUGUGUGUGUGUGUGUGUGUGUGUGCGUGCGCGUGAGAAGGUCUGGGAUGUAGUGCUUGGUAGACUGUCCCAGCCCUGUGACUCCCUAGGCUGGGGGCGCUAGAGGAGAGCAUGGAGGUCACACUGCACACAGCAGCCGUGGCCGCCUCGGAUCUUGGAUCUCUCAGAAUACUGCGUUUCUGGGUGGCCACAGUGCCUGUGGGGUUGACUUUUGAUGUGUUACUGUGUGUGGAGUAGACAGCGUGUGUCCACAUGUUGCUGCAUGGCAGCCAUCUAGGUGUUUCCCCGGUGAGGUCGGGUGAGUGAGCCUGGCCAAGAUCCGUCAGCGAGUUUUAGGAUAGCACAGUGUCACAGAAGCAUGUGAAGGCCACUUUCUAAAGGCCGGGAAGGCCGUGGGCCAUGGCAAUACUUCCUCUUGAAUGGGGCUGAUGCGCACCUCUGGUUUCCCUUCCUGUGUGCCCUCAGGUUGCUGUUAUUUACAAGUAGACCAUUCCCUUUCAAUAUUUGCCUUUUAGGAUAGAUGUAACACAGUAUUUCUUCUAGACAUAGCAAUAAGCUUUCAUUUUUGUGGAGUUCGGGUCCAAUUUGGAUUUCCACUUUAAGCACAUAUAUUUCACAUCAAUAUUUUUAUAAUGCAAGACUCACUUUAGGCAAUCUUUCCAAGUCGCAGUGUGCCUAGAAUAGCAGAAAUACUAAAAACUCGUGUUUCCUGCCUCCUGCUUUGUGUCACUCUUAAAUGGUAUUAAAAUAUUUCCAGGAAAAAUGUUUAAUUUCUAAUCCCCUCCUUUAAAAACAGUGUUCUGUAGGUUUGGUGCCUUUGCUCAGUCUCAAAAUAGUCUAGGCAGUUUUGUCUGCUCCCGUGCUGGGGCUGCUGGUCCAGGGUGUCCUGCCUCCCGCCAGCGUGUUUGGGCUGGAUUCUAGGCACUGUGUCUUCUCCCCAGAGCAGACGGAGAGCGGGCAGUGUUGGCUUUCAGCAGUUUUAAAUGAGAACCCUUCACUACGUGGUUUCAGGGUUAACAACCGCUGGAACAUUAAAUUCUGUAGGUGAGAAAAACCUCAUGACUUAAGAGACCUCACUGGCCUCUGCUUCCAUUUUCGUACUCCUGCACGGAUAAAACUCUUCAGAAUUACAGGGAGGAGUGUGUCAGGACUAGUGUUCACAGUGAGCAGUUACCCCGUUUCCCCUCACAUCCUCUGGACCUACUUAAAAGGCCAAUGUCUAUAAAGUUCUUUGAGCUUGAAAGUAAGGGACUGUCAAAAACAGAGUGAUACUCCUGUAUCUGUAGCUGCACCCAUUGGACAUACCCACUGGUAUCAAGUAGAAUAAAUCAAAUAGAAAUCUGUGAGUCUUAGGUUUAACUAGGAAGAUUAUCUGUAUAGUAUAUAGUUAACGUCGGGGAGAUAAUCUUUAAUCAAACAAUCUUAUUUCUUCUUGUCGGAAGGUAGAGUCAGUCUUGCCAUAGAAGCCCAGGUGAGUGCUUUAGUGCCAACUUAUUUUUAUUUCUGUAUCUUCAGGACCAUGUAGGCACACCACCCCCUUUGAUAGACCUUGUAAGCACAGCUGCCCCGGGUCCGUUGAUGUGGGAGUGUUUUCCUUAGAUCCUGUUACUGUACGUGAGACACAGAAAAGGUGCUCUAACACCAUCCUCGUGGGCUGCUUUGGGGUGAGAAAUUGGGGAGUUUCAACUGCUCACGCUGAGAGGUCCACAAUGGUCAGAAGCAUCCGUGUCAGGGAUUUUUGCCUCCUGUCCCAACCGUGGGCACCGUGGUUUGAGCGUGUGGCCUCAUGGUAGGGACCAGGGUGCGGGCUGCUGUGCGUCAUGGGGUGGUGGAGGUGGCAGUGGGGGGCUCGUGACCCUUCCGGUGCCGUGGGCUGUGGACUUAGCAGCCUCUUGUUUAAGAAGUGUGUCUGCUUUGCUGUUUCCCUUGUGUUCUGUAUGUACGAAAUGGCAGCUUCCAGUUCCUGGUUGGAUUUGUCCUGUGUGGUUUCCAUAAGCCACUGGUCCACUGUGGAAUCGGUGGGGGGAGAGAGGGGUGGCAGCAGGGCGGUUGCCAAGUUCAGCCCCUCUUCGAAGCCAGCCUGACUUACCUUAGAGAUCAAACCUAAUCUCACACAACGCUGUAUAUUCGUUGCUAAGUUUCCUCAUUUCCCUACUUAAUUUUGGAUGUGAGUACUUUAAGAAUGCUGCUGCUGUAUGAGUCUUUUUGUGGAAAUGUAACGUGUCUGUGUGACUAUGGAAAAUAUUAUGAGAUGAAGAGUACUCUUGAAGAAAAUUAAAAUAUUUACUCUUUGGA